AUAUGAAAUGAACUAAUCUCAACCAAAUUGAAUUGACUUGAUAAUCAAUGUUUCUAAUAAUGAUUUUUUUUAAUUUUUUUAAUAAAGCCGAAAAUGCUUCGACUCGACCUAACACACAAACUAACCCGAACUCAAAAACAACUUGGAAGAGCCUUACUUGAAAAUGACCCGAUAUGAAUUGACAUCCAUCCAUAUAAAAGCAAAGCCACACACUCAAGCAUGAUGAUAGCAUGAGAAGGAUGGCACACACUUGUGGUUUACAUAGCACAACAACCUCCCACAUAAGCUGGAGCAUGUACUACAGUCUUUCAGUUGCAUGUACCUUUCAUUUCACUCAAUAGGCCUUUUUCUUGGCAACUAAAGCUGAUAAAUCUAAUACACAUACAUUUGCUCAAGAUAAAAUCUACUCAAAUUUUUUUUAUUCAAUAUUAUUCAUUCAUAAAUAUUUAAUUUCAAAAUUCAAACCAUUAUAGCUUGAAAAUUCACCAUGUCAGAUGAAAUUCUUGAAUGUUGCAUACCAUACAUUCAAGAUCCUAGUGAUAGAUCAUCAAUUUCAAUGGUGUCAAAGCGAUGGUACGAGUUAGAUAGGCUGACAAGACGUACUAUCACUAUUUAUCUUUGUUACACCACGACCCCUCAACGACUCUAUGAUCGUUUUCCAAACAUUGAGUCAUUGAGGCUUAAGGGGAAGCCGAGGCCAGCCAUGUAUAAUUUGAUACCGGAUGAUUGGGGAGGUUUUGCUAAGCCUUGGAUCGAUGUGUUGGGGAGUUUUCGUUGUCUAAACUCCCUUCAUCUUAGGCGUAUGAUUGUUACAGAUGCUGAUCUUUACACGAUUGGUUCGGUUAAAGGCUGUUCCUUGCAAUUGUUGAAGUUGGAUAAGUGCUCUGGCUUCUCUACUGAUGGUCUUUUGCAUAUUACUCGCCAUUGCUCGAAUUUGAGGACGUUGUUUCUAGAAGAAAGCAGUGUAGAUGAGAUGAAUGGUGAAUGGUUUCAUCAGCUAGCAUUAAGCAAUACGGUUCUUGAAUAUUUGAAUUACUACAUGACUUUUCUGGAGAAGAUCAAAGUUGAAGAUCUUGAACUUCUAGCCCGAAACUGUCCCUUAAUUUCUGUCAAAAUUAGUGAUACUGAUCUUUUCUGUCUUAGAAACUUUUUUCGUAUAGCUGCAAGAUUGCAAGAGUUUUGUGGGAGUUGUUUUGAUGCAGAAUUAGACCGGUAUGCUGAUAUUGUAUUUCCUACUCAACUAAGUUCUUUCGGUCCUAUGUACAUGUUGGACAAUUAUUUGCCUAUAUGUUUUCCUGUUGCAAACUCGCUCUGGAAGUUGGAUAUUGUUUAUGCAACACUUACCUGUGGCGCUCAAUGUGACUUACUACAAAGAUGUCAUAAUUUACGAGUUUUGGAGACAACUGAUGUGAUAGGGGAUCAAGGUUUGGAAGUGGUAUCUUUAACAUGUAAGAGACUAAAGAAACUUCGGGUAGAACGAGGGGAAGAUGUGCCAACACUUGGAGUUCGAGCAGGUGCAGUUACACAUAGAGGUCUAAUUUCUGUAGCACAGGGCUGUCAUGACCUGGAAUACUUAUCUAUCAAUGUGGCUGAUAUAGGAAAUGAGGCUUUGGAAUGUGUAGGUGCAAACUUGAAUAAUCUGAAUGUUUUCCGGCUUGUAUUGCUUGACAAGGAAGAAACAAUCACUGAUCUCCCCCUUGAUAAUGGAGUACGAGCUCUUCUGCAGGGUUGUCAGAACCUCCGAAGAUUAUCCUUGUACCUUCGACAGGGAGGCUUGAGUGAUAUAGGCCUCAGUUACAUCGGUCAGUACAGUCAAAAUGUGAAGAGAGUGCUUUUAGGCAGUGUUGGAGAAACCGAUGCAGGGCUUCUUGAGUUCUCUAAAGGCUGCCCUAGGCUUCGGGCACUUGAAAUGAGGGCUUGCUGCUUUACAGAACGUGCAUUAGCAAUUGCUGCUAAACAACUUAGCUCUCUGAGGUACAUUUGGGUUCAAGGAUACCGCAGUUCUGAAACAGGUACUAUUGACUUGCUAGAAAUGGCUCGUCCCUAUUGGAACAUCGAGCUGGUUCAUGGGGACAAAUAUAAUAUAAAUGGAAACUUUGUUGCUUAUUACUCGCUUGCUGGACAAAGAACAGAUCAUCCAGGAUCCAUUAUCCCCUUAGCUCUGCCGAAUCUGUAGGAUCUGUCAGGGAUCCUCCGCUGUUAAAUAGUUACACAAUCCACUUCAUGUAUUUUUUAUACUGACUAUGCAUCUUCUUUCUUUGGAUGAAAAUAUUGGCUGCUGAGACCAAUUUUGUUAGGCAAUCAGAAUCAGAUUGUUUCAAAGCUCUGUAUUGUCGUAUGUUUAUGUUAUUUUGUUGAUCUUA